AUGAAAUUACCAAGAGAAGUUGUUUUUCAAGUUGCUAAAGGAUUUAGAGGAAGGAGUAAAGGAUGUUUUAAAAUAGCAAGGAGCAGGGCAAUGAAAGCUUUGUUAUAUUCUUAUAUAAUGAGGCGUCAAAAAUAUAGGAGAUUAAGAGUUCAUUGGAUUGCUAGUAUUAACCGGGCAUGUAGAGAAUGGAAGUUUACAUAUGCUCAUUUUAUGAAUAGUUUACUUAACAACAAUAUUUUGUUAAGUAGAAAAAGUUUGUAUAAUUUAUGUUAUACGGAACCCAUUAGUUUUAAGUGUUUAAUUGAUGAGUCAAAAUUUCUUUAUUUCGAGAGAAAAUUAAAGUAUCGUGAUAUAUCACAGCUGUGA